GGCAAACCCCGCUACUGUCUGCAAUAGCCGUUAUAUUACUCCAUAUUAUUUUGUUUAUCAACACCACGCUUGUUAUAGGCGAGCGUUGUGUCAAACAUGAAUUCCAGUUCGUAUUUUGUCAACACUCUUUUCUCCAAGUACCAGCCGGGCGAGGGGUUUUACCCAUCAGGGUACGAACUACCAUCUUGUGCUUUUAGUAAAAACCAAAAGAGUGCUUAUAGUACGGGAAACAUCAGCGGUACCAUGAAUGGAGUCUCAGCCAGCCAUCACCAGCAACCGCCCGGGUAUUUCACUCCGGCGACCACCAGCGGUACCUACCACGGCUCGUACGAACCCCACAGUACAAACACACCGAGUAACAUGUACGGGACGUUGAACCAGAGCGCAGCGUCACCGAUUACUUCGUGGGAUGCUAGGCUCGCAUCUUACGGCACCUCAUGGCCGGGAAACACGGCCGAGAUUGACGCUUCGUAUAACUUGAAAGAACACUCUGGUGCGAUGGGUGUCUUUUCACAAAGUGCUCAGUCAGAUGUACUCAAUAAUAACUGUCAUAAUUCAGCGGUAUCGGGAGGCAAUUCAAAUUUCCCGUGGAUGAACGUUACAGGAACAGUCACAGGGAUGGAUGUUGGACGGAAGCGAUGUCGCCAGACCUACACCCGAUACCAGACCCUAGAACUGGAGAAGGAAUUCCACUACAACCGUUACCUCACAAGAAGAAGACGGAUCGAGCUGUCGCAUCAACUCGGACUCACAGAAAGACAGAUCAAAAUAUGGUUUCAGAACAGACGGAUGAAGUACAAGAAAGAGAACAAGAAAGACGCCGGGAGCAUGGAGGAUGCGAAGGAGGGGUCUGAUGGGGACGUGGGGAGCGCAACCACCCUCCCCGGGACUGAGGACAGUGGGGGUGUUCACGAGGGAAAGGAGAAAUGAUCAAAUCAGUUGAUUAAGACUUGAUUUGUCUCUAGGAAGAGGCUUUAAUAAUUCACUGUCGUUCUACCUCAACAUGGGGUGGUCUUCAGACUUUACUGUAAUUAAGGGAGAUAGCUGCAUCAGUACUGACUCACAAUCUUUAAGAUUCGGAGUUGAACGGAGAAAAAUGACUAGAGUGAGAUUUGAGCCAACGACCUCCGGAUUAGCGUGCCGGCACUCGACCAACUGAGCUAUCCAGCCUUAAUUAGUAGCGGUCUCCCUGUUUUGUCAGUAUCUUUGUUCUUUGAGUUGAGAUCACAAUGCUUUAAAGGCUACUACAAUCCAUAAAAACGUCGUUGACUGUAAUUGAAUGGCAACUGGUAUCUGGACAUGAACGAUAUUUUUUACCAUGAAGUCAAUGUAUUUAAUUACUUAUACCGUUUUACUGAUUGUACUGUAUAACCCUUAAUAGGCCUUAGACCUCCGACGCAGCUGUUUUUGUUUUCCCAAAAGCAUCCAGUGGUUUUAGUUUAAGUGUGGAACAAGUUAAAUAGCCUGACUCUUGAUGCAUCAGAAACAUUACAUUCUAAAAACGCCUUGGUCAGACUUGACUUGGGUUAUGAGUCUCAGGGUGCCAGACACAAUUAUGAGUCAGGCUGAACCGGACACUGGUAAAAAACAACAACAUAAUUUAAACACAGAUUCUGCGUACGUUUGACCCUUUUCUGGGUCCUUUUGAUAAAGAUUCCGGGUAAUCCUGACCAAGAAAUGUGUCGUGUCCCAAGCAACCCGGAACCCUUGCCAAUAAUUGACCCGGGAUUUCGACAGUGCAUACAAUAGUAUAUGCUGCAGUAUGAAUCUGACAAAGUGGUGUAUAGUGAAAGCUACGCUCGGUCGAGAUGAUAAUAAUAUAUAAGUAGCUAUAUUGUUUUGCAAACUUGCGAAUACAGCCGUGUAUAAUUCUCUUG